CGGACACUUGCUAUCCAUUAGUAUGAGGGAAUUUCAGAUCUCUUGGCAGCCAGGCUUUUCGUUGUCCAAGAAACCAGUCAGACGGUCGAGGACCCGCAGGCCCAAUGCCGACCCGCACCAACUGGAAUUUAUCGUAGAGCAUCCGGCUCAGGACCAGCACUCUUUACGCAGCCGGGACUUACGUACAAGUUACGGUGUGACUACCAAGCGUCGGCCGUAUCGACACUCAAGCAUAGAUAUAUGUAUACCUGCGCAUUUAUCUACUUCUCUGGGCAGAGGCGAGGCUCAAAGGUCUGAUACCAAUGUAUUUGGCCUGAAUGGUCCGCCUGAAGAACCGUCUGUCCCCAUCUCCAUACCACCUGGUAUCCUGUACAGCACCCUUGGUCAACGGUACAACAAUGUGCUUCAAAGGUAUAACAUGGAGUUUUGCCGAAUCCCAUUAACAUCCGAUAUGCAAAUGAACCCCUUUAUGUACCGAGAAAGCUCCGGCCCAAAACCAAUGUUUCUGAUCCAUGCGGUGAUGGCUCUAGCUGGUCAUCACGUCGAGAGCGAAUCCACCGACAUCCAUCGUCAUGCCGCGCUUCAGUCACUCCGCGAGAAUCUCAACACAUGCACAAACCCUGGACAUAGCUCUGCUAUCCUGGACACUAUUGCCAUACUAUUUUCACUAGAUGAAACCCAAUCUGCCCUCGGAACUUGGCGUACCCAUCUUCUCGGAGCACAUGGUCUUGUUGAAGCUUGCGGUGGAAUAAACAUGUGGGUCGCUUCCGCUAGCACACAAGUGCAAAUAGGAAUACUGCUAUGGUGGGAUGCGAUCACGAGCCUGGUCAACCGGGAAGAUUGUGUUUUUCCUUAUGAAUAUUUUGAAGCCCUUUUGUUCAAAUACAACAGCGAGGAGUGGGACUUUUUCAGUCUAUGCGGAUGUCCACUCAGUCUCGUGAAGGUGGUGAUGCAAGUAGCCCGAUUAGCUGCAGAACAGCGAAGAUCGCCCGUAACACAGGCCGCCACGGUCCUGUCAGCAAUUGAAAGAUCGCUCGAGACAUGGCAUCACAUUUCCCCCGCCACCGCUUUUAAAGACGAAGAGAGCAUGCAGCAAGAUGUAGACAACAUGCACUGCGCAGAGGCUUGGAGGAAUGGACUCCUCCUGUAUCUAUACAGGGUGUUUCGUUGGGCGCCUGGGCAGAGUGUCCCGAUGCAUACUCUGUACCGCGCAAGGGUUAUCAUGGACCAUGUCUUUGCUUGUCGCAAUGAAUGCAUGGUCUCCAGACAGGCCUUACUACCGCUCUUCUUUGCGGGCUGUGAACUACGAGAUCACUCGUCCCGCAGGAAGAUCCUGGACAUCUGUGCAUCUUGGAAUGAUAGAACAAGAUACCACAUGUUCAGCACAGCUAUACCGCUACUAGAAGCGGUAUGGACAGAGCAAACGAUACAUGGUUUCGACAAUGUCUGGUGGGGCCAGACCAUCGACAAACAGCAUACAUCCGAUAGUCAUUCGCCUUUGCAGGUGCGGAUUUCAUUUGGGUAGUCAGGCCAUGUUCAUUUACGGUGUCUUUGGCCCAGCGAUGCUAGCUC